AUGUCGACCACCAAUCCUCCCAAAGCCCUCUUGACCGACGUGUUCGGGACGGUGGUAGACUGGCGCUCCACCGUCACGAAACACCUUACUAUCUCCGCCUCCGAGGCCCUCAACUCGACCGCCCGAUCACUUCCCUCCACCGUGCGCACCAGCGCCGCCAGCACAUCCUGGGCGUCCAUCGCCGCGGAAUGGCGCCAGACAUACUACGACUUUGUGCGCAACUACGACCCCUCCAACAAGUCCGGGGGCACAUUCAAGACCGUCGACCAACACCACGUCGAAGCCCUGAACAACAUCCUGACCGACCACGCCCUGACCGGCCUCUGGACCGACGACGAGAUCCAGAAGAUCUCGCUGAUCUGGCACUUCCUCGACCCGUGGCCGGACUCCGCACAGGGACUGGGCAUCCUGAACCAGAAAUUCGAGACCGCCACGCUCAGCAACGGCAACACGAGCCUGUUGUCCGACCUCGCCGCCCAUGGCUCCCUCCCCUACAAACACAUCAUCAGCGCCGAGGAGUUCGAAGCGUACAAGCCGCAUCCGAGCGUCUAUCUCGGCGCGGCCAAGAAACUGGGUCUCGAGCCGGGUCAAUGUGCGCUGGUGGCGGCGCACCUCGGCGACUUGAAGGCCGCAAAGGCCGUGGGCUACCAGGCCAUCUACAUCGAUCGAUUGCAGGAGGAGGGUUGGUCCAAGGAGGAGGUCCAGAAGGCCCGCGAUGAGGGUUGGGUAGACCUCUGGAUUGAUUUGGAUCAAGGGGAUGGAGGCUUUUUAGAGAUCGCUCGCGUCUUCAACCUGCGAUGA